UUGCAGUUAGCCAUUUUGAUUUAUUGUUGCAUUCCUAGUGCUUCAUUUCAGACAUGGAGAUAAAAGUUAAAUGAGUAUGCUUCAUGUUUCUUAUAGUAUGAUUAGUUAGGAGAAAAUCGUGUAGCACUAGACAUUAGUGUGAUAACACCAUCAUGCUUUUGACAUAUUUCAGGUGCUGUUUUUUCUUUUUUUGAAAACUAUUUCAGGUGCAGUUUUUGUCGUAACAUCUAGAAGUGAUGCCUUCAAAUUGACAACACUGUUUCAAGCUAGACUAUUUGUGGUUUUGUUAGAUGGUUGUUUUCUAAUAUAUUGUUUUCUUGGCGCCUUAUUUACGUAAGGCAUAAGUGAAGGUUCAACUCAUUCCAUUGUUGUGUCAGGAUUUCAUUGGUGGGCCUGUCAUGGAUUCUGAAAGAAGAUUCCUCGGCAUCACUUUCCUUUACAGGAAAACUACUCCAUUUUUGCCGGUUGAGAUUGCUGCAAGAUGCCUGAAAUACUACAAGAAGUCAAAAACACUACCAAGGAUUCGCAUAAGGGGACAAGCUCUUCACAUGCUGAACAUGAAUAGUCUGGAACACUUGUGCUGCAAAUAUGUCAAGCCACCACAUGGAAUUCUGGUACAGGAGAUUUGUGAGAUAUCAGCAGAAAAGUGUGGAGGAGUUGUGAUUGGUGAUAUCAUCUCUGAACUUGACGGGAUAACUCUUUACUCCGCAGCACAGUUUACAGCGAUUCUUCUAGAUAAAAUGGAGGUUGCAUCGAAUCCACAGAAUACACAGACACUCCAGGCAGUUGUACGGAGACCCACAGAUCAGACUAUAUUUGUUGCAAAGCUGAAUGUUCAAGAGAUAGCCUCUGAUGAAUGUGAAGAGUCAUUCCAAAAUAAAUGGAUAUGGUGGAAGCAGCAGCAAUGGUUUCCAUGAACAGUUGUAGUGAUGAUACUUCAAAGACAAUGUAUCUAGGAUGAGGAGUGCUGAUGACCUAAGAUAUGGAAGGCCAACAAAUGUUUGUAAAUGUGGGAGCCAAGACUAAAGCAAGAACUAAAAUAAUUGUUGGAAUAGGCUGGAGACCCUACUUUGUGCUGAAUUUGUAAUCCAUCUCUGGGGCCAUCAGAGUGUUGUAUUUUCAGUUCAGUUCAUUUGUAGCACGGUUCACCAACCACUAGUUCAUUUGUCUAAACUAGCGAUGUGACUAGGCAGCGGUAACUGAACAAUGACUGUUUUCAAAGUUUCAGAUUUCGGGCUA